AUGGACGCUGUUGAAAAAGCCAAUACAGCGAGACAAAAGCGAUGGGUAAAAGACCGGAAAGUUGGUGAAGGUACAUACGCUGUCGUGUACCAAGGCCGAGAGGCAUCAACAAGUCGCAAGGUUGCCAUAAAAAAGAUAAAAGUUGGACAAUUCAAAGAUGGGCUCGACAUGUCUGCCAUUCGGGAAGUCAAAUAUCUACGAGAGCUUCACCACCAGAAUGUCAUCGAGCUUCUGGACGUCUUCUCUUCAAAAACGAAUCUUAACCUGGUGCUGGAGUUCUUGGAUAGCGAUCUUGAGAUGAUAAUUCAGGACCGGUCGCUUGUCUUCCUUCCCGCCGAUAUCAAGGCAUGGAUGGCGAUGACCUUGCGUGGGCUGGAAUUUUGCCAUAGAAAUUUCAUGCUUCACCGAGAUCUGAAGCCCAACAAUCUGCUCAUUGCAUCCGAUGGACAACUCAAAAUCGCUGAUUUCGGUCUAGCAAGAGAUUUUGCAGACCCGGGACAUAAAAUGACAUGUCAAGUCAUCACUCGAUGGUACCGACCACCAGAGCUACUGUUUGGCUGUCGGUAUUAUAGCUCGGCGGUCGACAUCUGGUCUGUAGGCUGCAUAUUCGCAGAGCUCAUGUUGAGAACGCCGUACCUUCCCGGUGAGAGCGACAUGGACCAACUCAAAACUAUCUUUCGGGCACUCGGAACGCCCACGGAAGAGGACUGGCCGGGCCACACUAAACUACCAGAUUACGUGCCAGUCGGACAAUUCCCAAGAACGCCCCUUCGCGACCUCUUCACCGCCGCCUCUGGAGAUACACUGAAUCUUCUUAGCAGGUUUCUCGUGUAUGAGCCACGAAGGCGUAUAAACGCAAGAGACGCUCUCAACCACGCAUACUUUUUUGCCCUGCCACACCCGUCACACCCUUCCAAGCUCCCCAAACCUGCUGCUCAAACAUCCCGCCCCCUCGAAGAACUUGAUGGUAACGUUGACAUAGCCAGCGCUGGGCCAGGCGUCAAAGCCGUUGCACCCAAUAAACUUAAACGAAAACUGACUUCCCCCGAUGGCACCGACCUGAGACCACUCGCUCGCAGAUUAGACUUUACUCAACAUGUGAAACGCUCAUGA